AAACCAUCAACUACGCGCAUAAGCGGAGAGAUAGAGAAAAGAAGAAAGAUAACCAUAAGCAAUUACAGAAGAGAGAGAAAGAUGUGCUUCGGAGAAGACUGCCGGUGCCGGCCAUUAGGUUUCCUUUUGGGUCUACCUUUCGCCUUCCUUGCUUUACUCCUCUCAAUCGUCGGCGUAGUCAUCUGGAUUGUCGGGAUAUUAUUGAGUUGCAUAUGUCCUUGCUGUUUAUGCGUGACGGUUAUAGUUGAACUAGCCCUAGAACUCAUCAAAGCCCCAAUUCAUGUUAUAGAGUGGUUCACACAGCAGAUCCCUUGUUAGUUAUAUCAUGUGUUUGAUUUUCAAUCCUUAUUUUAUCUCUGUUUUUCUUCUGUAAUUAGUUGUAGUAACUGUUGUCUUGAAUCUUCAUUAAUAUCAUCGCUUCUGGGUUUGGUUUGUAAAUUGAUUUUCUAUCGAUUGUUGAUUGUUGAAUAAUCUGGUUUCAGAAUGAUUUGAUUUCAUGAUUCUUAGUUUUUGA